UGCAGUUGCGAGGAAUCGAAGAGACCUCGCCUCCAUCUAGUUUCAGGGGACACCUGGCAAUCUCCCUGAAGGGUAGGGAAAGAGGAGGGGGAGGGCGGCUUCGGCUCCCUUUUGACUCUCCCGCCUUCCGUUUCCUGCCGCUCCGCGAACAUCACUUCCCGAGGCUUCCUGAGCGAGGCGAGGGCUGGGCGCCAACAGGAGAAGCUGGGGGGUGGAAUGGCGCCGCUAAGCCGCCGGUCUCUGGAAUGGCUCUACUCGCUGAUUCUUCUUGCUAUUGUAUUGCUUUCGUGGGGCUAUGUCAUUUAUGCGACACGAAUAGCAGCCAAAUGGCAAUUGGAGGAGUCAUAUCCCAUACAAGCCCAGAAUAUUUGAAAUAUCUCCAGAGUGGAAUACCACAAAAAUACAGAGACAUUCUAGAACUCCAUCAAUCAUAGUCUGCAAAAACAUGAAUUCCAAACUAGAGUGGUUGAAUCUUCAGAAAUACAGAUAAAGAUAGCAGCUAUGAACAUCUGAUACUCAGUACUAUGAACAUAUAAUUGAGAAAAAUCAGGAAAACAUCCUUGAAUAUCUUAAUUCUUAAAAAAAGAGAAAUGUAUGGUUCAGGCUAGAGCGCAGUAUUCCAGGCAGUCUGCAAGCCAAAUUACAGAAUGCAGCAGUCUUCUGAUUGAAUAAAUAGCCGAUAACCCACAGCUGAUAUGGAAGUAGGCCUAAUGAAAGACAUAAAGCUGAUCAAGAAGCUGAUUUAGCAGCAGAUCAAGAAAUCGAUCUAGCAGCAAAUCAGGAACUUCCAGGCAUCCUAAUAGAGGUCAUUCUGCAAAGUCAUGUGGGAAAAGGACAUAUCAAAUGCAAUCACUAGGAGAGCACUCAGAGAGACAAACCAGAAUUCAUGAACACCAGCUGGCAGUCAACCAGCAUGUCCAGAAGUCCCUGCUCUCAAGCCACAUCAACAAUGAACACCACCAUUUCAACUGGGACAAAGCCAGAAUCAUUGGCCAUGCUAAAAAUCAGCAUGCACGGGAAUUUAUGGAAGCCUGGUACUCUACAAUACAAGAUUAUCAAUAAACACAUUGAUUUAGAACCAGCAUAUGAACCUAUAAGAAACAGAACCAUUCAAGCAACCAAUCAACGACGGGACCAACCACCCCCUCACCAGCUGAAUUUCACACCACAGCCAGUCAAUCACAAGACGUACUGACCACAAUACCACAGAAGAUCUAUAUAAACGAAAGAGAAAUGGAACAAGACACUUCACCCAAGAUCCCGCUGAAGAUGUUACCUAGUUUGGUUAUGAAAUGUUGAGGAGCUAAACGGAAAGCUUGAGAACAACCCACUACCAACCCCCACACACAAACAAAAAACAGUGAGUUUUGGCUUAAAUGUGUUGCAAAACAAUACAUUUCAUUUUAUAAGUGGUUUGAAUUAAAUUUGUUAAUGGAACCAAGGUUCUAAAAUUUUAACUGCCUGUUUGAUUUGGUCCCAGCUCUGCAGCAAAAUACAAAAUUUUAAAUUAACACCAAUAAAACACUUAGUGUCAGCUAUGUACAGAUGUGGUUUUUUGCAGUGACCUGUCUUCCUUUGAAAACUGUGAAACAGAAUCUUAGUGUGAUGAGCUUCAAGGCUGCAAGCAUCUUUGCCUGAAGGCAAGACCUUCACAUAUCUUCCAUCUCUGUUUUACCAGCAUCACUACCACACCUUCUAAUUUGAACAUACCAGUAAUAUAGUAAGCACCAAUAUAACUUGGGAAAUGUGUUGUUCUUUCACUAUUAAGAAACGGUGUUAUUCACUCAUGUGCUGUUAUCCAAUGAUAGAGGUAUUUUCCAGAAGCCUAGUAAAAAUGAGUUCCUCCUAUUUGAAAGUGGCUAUAUUCUGGUUUUACUUGGCUGCAGGGAAUUUUGCUGAGAACACAUUGAGGUCAAAUCUACUGAUUCCAUAAUACAAGGAAUUGAAAAGAUCCCUAAGAUGGGAAAAGUCUAUCUGAUAAAUUUCAAAGAACAUCCAAAUUAUUACUUUCUUCAUAAUCAUUAUUCUGCUGUUUUUGUUUAUAGCUUACUCCCCCGUGGGAUUGUUUAAAGAAAAUCUGCAAAUUAUCCAGUAAGUUGUUUUUGUUUAUGUUCUUUGUAAUAUCUAUUUGUGUAAAAAAAAACAAAAAAGUUAAGGUUGUAGAUUAAGGAAAAACUAGGCUUAAUUUUUUUUAUUUCAUUUAACUUUUGCCUUCAAAUCAUUUUUGACUAAAAUGACUGCAGGUUUUUUGACAAGGUUGUUCCGAAGUGAUUUGGCCUUUCUAAGGCUGAGAAGAGAGGUACUAGCCCAAAGCCACCCAGCUGCCAUUGUGCCUAAGACAGGACUAAAACUUGCCCAGCACCUUUAACCACUUUCUCAAUCAAGAAUAUCUACCAAAUUAGAAAAGGAACCCAAAAAUAUUCUUUGAAAAUAAUGGGAUGUUGCUUGUUUACUUAGAGAUGACUUUAAAAUAUUCUCUAUAGUAGCCAUUUGUGAAUUCUGAAUACUGAACUCCAUUAACAAAUGCAAGUUUGAAGGAUACAUUUACUUUUAUGACCUGUAAAAUGUUUUAUUUUUAUGGCAAUAAAAAUUGGGGCUACUUCCAUUUGACUUACACCAAUUUGAUAUAUACCUAGGAUGUCUAAGUUAAGAAAAACAUCUCUUGUAUAAAUUGUGCAUAAAUAGUACCAAUCUUCCUCUGGAAAAUAAAAACAUGGAGGUAGUGUA